AACUACAUUUCCCAGCAUGCAAAGUACAUCCAGGUUGAAAGGUCGUCGACGUCAAACUCAUGCUGCCUGAAAAACUAAAACAACAGCUAAAUUAGCUAAACGUUACCAUUUCGGAACCAGUGCACACGGUAUUAAAGACGUUUUGUUUGCUCUGUAUAGUUGCUCUAGUUUGUUUCAAAGUAAAAAUGUCUGGAAAGGCGAAGGAAAUCUUACAAAUGGACCUGUAUGGGUUACUCGGCAUUGAGAGCUCAGCCACAACGAAAGAGAUCAAGAAAGCUUAUAGACAGAAGGCACUGACCUGCCAUCCAGACAAGAACCCAGACAACCCCAAAGCAGCGGAGCUCUUCCAUCAAUUGUCCCAGGCUCUUGAAGUUCUCACUGAUGCUGCAGCCAAGGCUGCCUAUGACAAGAUUCGUGCUGCCAAGAAACAAGCUGAAGAGCGAAACAAGAAAUUAGAUGAUAAAAGGAAGAAAAUUAAACUUGACUUGGAGGCCAGAGAACGGCGAGCGGAGGCUCAGAGCCAGGAGGAAGUGCAAAUCACUAGAACACUUGAAGAAGAGAUCGCCCGCUUGAGGGAGGAGGGAUCCCGACAACUUGAAGAAGAGCAGAGGCUCAUCAGGGAGCAGAUCCAGAGAGAAAGAGAAGCACAGCAACAACCAGGAAACUACACUCAGAGAGGAGGGGAGAGAUAUUCCCAGAGCAACGUAACCCCAAAACUGAAGUUAAAAUGGAAAUGCAAGAAAGAUGACGAGCUGAAUGGAGGUUAUUCUCAAGACGUUCUGCUUAAGCUGCUUCACAAAUACGGGGAUGUUUUAAAUGUGAUCGUAUCGAGUAAGAAGAAAGGAAGUGCUGUUGUGGAGUUUGCAUCUGUGAGAGCAGCUGAACUGGCUGUUAAAAAUGAAAGUGGGCUGAGUGGUAACCCCUUGAAGAUUACGUGGCUGGAAGGACAGCCUGAGGUUGUCGCUGCAGCAUCCCAAACCGGCCAUUUCAUGUCUUCACAGGGUUCCCUUUCAAAUGAGCGCGACUAUGAGACGGUGGUGAUGAUGAGGAUGAGGCAGGCUGCCGAACGUCAGAGGCUCAUCGAGGAGAUGCAGAGAGAGGACGACGAGGAGGCUGCAGAGUCGUAGCUUUAGUUUCAUAAAGCCUCUUGUGUUUUUCUUUUAUUGUUUUAUUGUAACAUAGUGUGGAAAAUAAACCCUUUUGAUAAAAUAAA